UUCAGGCUGGUCUCUUCCGUGUGUGACUUUUACGUUUAUUUUUUUAAUUUCUGAGCGAAAUUAUAAAAUGUAUACUGUCUCAAAAGGACCUAGCAAGAUUGUCGCUAAAACUCGACGAGGUCUCUCACAGAAUCUAGAAAGACUGGACAGCCGCAAGGAUCAUAGCAGGAAGUCUUCGGAGUCCGACAAUGGCGAGAUUGUCAACAUGCCCAAACCAGUGUUCCAUUCCAACGGCAAAAAAACAGUUCACCAGAGAAUACAACAUCAUGUGAUCACACCACAGCAUGAAGAAAUCAUUAGAUUUAUAAGUGAAACUUGGACACAAACAGCAUAUGGCGAAAGUGAGCCUACAACACCAACUAGUACAAUUGGGUCAGGAUCAGGCAGCUCGUCACCCGCACCGCCCUCCAACCUGUACUACCAAGACGAUGCACCCAGCGCUGUCCUGCGGGACUUCAAGCCGUUCGACCUGGAGACGUGGUGGGGCAAGCGACUCUUCCAGAACAUCACAAACUCACUCUGAGUCUCCAACGGCACACUCACAGGGACACAAGAGUUGUCGGUAGCGUAAGUCACAAUCAUCUGAAGUUUACUGAAUUUUAUAAUUAAUUAAAUUACUGCAAUGCACAUCAAGAAAAGUAUUAUAACUACAAUUUUAUGUAAUACUUUCAAUUGUGGUUUUUAUACAUUUUUAUACUCUGGUUAAGAAGUGCUGGCAUUUCUUUUCAUUUUCAAAGGAAACUCAUUAAAAAAAUAUUAAGUACACAAGAAACUCAUUGAUAAUACUAAAUAUCUGAGUUAACAAUGUAUCGAAUAUUCUUCAAAUAUGAAGAAGAUAUAAUCUAGAUCGUUUUUUGUAUGUUUAUUGCUUUACUUUAAAAAUCUGUUAUCAAAUAGAUGUUUAUUUUUAAAAGUUUUUACCAGUAGAUAUUUUCUUUGCUUUAUUUUUGCUGUCAUUUGAAAUCUUAUAAACAUGUAGUUAGUAAGAAAAGAUUACAAAAUUUAGUAAUCUACAGUUGAUUGUGGAUCUCAAUAGAUAUUUCAUAUCGUAAGUGAAAAUUUCCAAACGCUCAAUUUCCUUUUGCAACUUGAAAUAUGUUACAGCGAACCAAUAUUCUUUAAGAUUGUUACGUUGAUCAAAUUUUAUAAAAUUUUGUUGAUACAUUUGUUACUGGUUAAAAUGUAUAUGAAGCAAAGAAAUAUACCAAAGAGAACAGCAUCCUAUACAUUAAAAAAGUUAUAAAAUUAUUAAAUUCCUAAACCUGUAAAAUUUCCUUGAUCUACAAACAGAUUUAUUGUAUUAAUAUUGUUAAUCCUAUGUUAGCCAUUUUAAAAUAGUAAAAGAUUCAUAGACAAUUAUAAAACGACGCUGGGUAAUGUUUAAACCAGUCAGGACUUGACCCUGAGAAUGAGUUCGAAUUUUGUUACAUACCUAAAUACUUUAUAUAAUAGAAUAAUAUAAAAGAAUCAAUUACAGAUCGACCUUACUUUUAUCCCAUUUUACAAAUAUUUUAUUUACUAUUUAUUUAUAAAAUAUGUAUUUUAAAAGAAUAUAAAAAGCAGGACAUCGAAAUAAUUUUACUAUGAUCUGCUCUUAAUAAAUCGGUGGUAUAUAAAUUAAAAUUAUGUAUAAAUAUUACUAAAGCUACCAUAUUAAUUAAUAUCAAUAUGUAUUUUAUAUCGUUUUAUACAGAAAAUACACAUUUGCUAAGAUGGUUACUAUAAAUUUUAUAUUUAACAUGUAUCAUAAUUUCAUUAACUGCAUGAAUAUAUUGUCACCUUCAAUUUUCUCAUGAAAUGUCUUCAAAAUCUAUUAUAAUAACUGUUGAUCUGCUGGCGACAGUACAAUUAGUAACCUUAUUGUCUUGUAUUUAACGAUGAUAAUAAAUAAUUUUCAAUGCUGACUCAGCAGAGCAAAAUUAGAAAGCCUACUUCCUAGGUAACAUCAAAAUGGCCUAUCAUAGAUAAGAUAGACUUCAGUUAUCAUAUGUAAUAAUGAUUCGCUGUUGCCAAAUCGAUAAAUAUGCCGUCAUUUUAGUCCAUUUGUUAUAAUGAACUGUUAGCCAAUUAAAAUCAUGUGCAAUUUCACUAUUGUGAUCAGAUAAAAUAUUAAAUAUUUAUUUAUAUUUUUACCGCUUGGCAACGAAGAUUGUUGAAGUUUUACGAGAAAUGUUAUCAAAUAAUAUUGCUAUCAUUUCUUCAUGUGAUUGAUGCUAUUCGUACCUAAAUCAUUGAAAUAUUUAUAAUCAACCUAAUGUUAAAGUAAGAUUUUAUGGUAGCUUUUAUAACAAAAAUUAUUGAUUCAACUUAUGAUUGUGCAUGUUAUUGAGGUUGUUAUACUUAUAGGCUCUGUCUUAUAGAUUAUUUCAUAUUUUAUUUUUAUUGUACUCUGCGUACUCGCUAUACAAACAGAUUGUUAAACGUUACAAAAUCAUUGGUUAAUAAGUGCUCGAUGUUCGUGAAAGCUUAUACAUUAUUGUGAUCGUUACUGAAUAUUGUUGUUAUAUCAUGUUGAUGCAUAUUGUUUCUACGGGCUUCGUUUGCAAGCUGAACAAUGUCUUCCAGGAAAUUCUACAUCAAGUGUAAUCAUGUGUAAUAAGUAUGUAAAUUCAUUUAAACAAGUAUAAUUCGGUGUUCAGUCCAAAUAAAUCUGCAUGUUCUCAGUGAAAUCGGUCUAGUUAGUUGACUUCGUAAACAAUUAUUAACAAUUUCUGUAAAAAUAAAAAUACAUUAAUUAUAGCACAAAUCUUUUUGCAAAUUAAUUGUAACAUUUGAUUUGAAAUCAAUAAAUACAAAGUUGAGCUGUCGAAAAAUUAAUUAACUUCAUAGAUUUCUGUUGCUAUACAAAAUCUAUUAGGAAGUCACAUUUUUGAUAGCACUGACUGGUAAUAUGAAAUAUUCAGUUCAAGUUACCAGUUAGAGCUAUUCCGUUGUUUGCUAGUUGAUUAAGACUUAUUUGGACCUUUCACCUCUAUUUUAUGCUUGUUUAAAAGGAAAAUUGGUGUUAACUAGAUCGUUAAAUUGUCCUUACCUUGCGAUACUGUCCUCUCGUUAUUCUGUUCCUACAUCUUACUUUUUAUAUCGAAUUUGGUCGAUUGUACAAAAUUUGUAGGGUAUAAGAUCGGAAUUAGAAACGUUCUUCAGCCUGUUUCUUACAGAAAAUAAAAAUACGCUUUAUAGGUACAGUCGGGUUCAUAAAUAUAUUGGUAUUGCCAAUGUUUCAAAAUAUUAUUUAUUAGCCUUUUAACGAUAUAUUUCAAUACAAACUCAAACAUCAAUGAAAUGUAAUCUUAUAAACUGUUCAUAAACAUGUUGCGGUAGCGCAGUAUUGACUACGCUACUGUGCUACAAUAUUUUGAAACAUUGGCACUGCCAAUACUCGACUGUACCUACUACCCACUAAGGUAAGCUACUAAACUCACCCUGAUUUCACGAUUGUGAUAACUUCGUUGCUUUAAGUACCGAGUGCAUUUUUGUGGAAUUUAAAUACCUAGAUGCAAAAUCGUUAAUUCUUUCUGAUUUCAUGAAGAUUCCGAAAUGAAAUAGAAGUAAUAAAAAAUUACAGAUAAAAAUGGUUCCCCUCUGCGUAGCAAUAGAAGGAUGAAAGACGUUUGAUUCAAUUCUGAUCCUAUCAAGUAGUAUGUAUUCUUACCUACAUCCAAAUCCUCGUUCUCCUCAAUCUUAAUCUUUGGAAUAUUGGUAUUAUUUAUUACAUGACAAUCUGUCAUAAAUUGUUUCACUUGGCUUGUACAUUAUAUUGCGGAUAACUGUACCUAGCUCAUUUGUUGUUAAAAACUACCUUGUAUUUAUUUCCAUAAGGUGUAAUUUCAAAUGUUCUGAAAUAAGCAUCACAAUUAAUGUACAAAACAGGUGAUCUGUGCGAAGCAAUCUUAUUAUGCAAUAAGCAAUAAAUGCACAAAUGUAGUAUAGUUUUUAUCCUUUUAGAUGGAAUAUUUGAGUCAUAGUAGUGAUAUGGCAGGAGAAUAUUUUUAGACUGAUUUAGUUAUAAAAAGUUAUGCUUUUUGUUGUAGUUGAAUAAACCGUCUGACAAAGAA